AUGACCACGCCGAAGAAUAUUCGGUCAUUCGCACUCUCAGUGAAGGAUUUUGACCUUGUGAGACGAACGGCUAAGCCCCCUGAUGAUGACCCCGCUGCGCUGGUAUUGGAAGCUUGGUCGCAAGGCCUGAUGACGGGGUCCCUGGUCAUCAUGGCUGCGGUUACUGUUGCAAACAUGCGACCUGGCGUUCUGCUGCACAAACUGAUCUUACUCGAGUUGAUUCUUGCCCUGGCUCAUGGAACAUUCAUAUUCGCCCCUGACUCGGUUUACGGAUGGUACUUGGCCACCAGCGCCAUCGGACUAAUCAUAUCCUGGUCUCUCCACAAUGUCAUUGCUUGGAUGAAGAACAGACCGUUCAUGGGUCGCAAGCUGUCUCUUUUCUACGUCGGCACUAUCAUCCUGGCACAGCCAUACUGGGCGACCGAGAUCUACGCCAACUUUGCCUACUUCAACAACAUCAAUCCUAUUGUUUACGAGAAGAUCCGCCCAUGGGAGGCAUUAUUUCGCGACCCCUGGUGGAUCUACACAACAUGCAAUCUCUUCUGGGUCGUCAAGAAACACUACGGCUUUGGUAUCUUUGAGCUGGUUCGUGAAUGUCCCCGUUUUGGACUCAUGCUCGCCUCAAUGUGUCUGUCCAUCGUGUUCAUCGUUCUAGAUGUCCUCAGUGUGACUGGAGCACUCCAAUCUGCCAUGCCGCUCGGUAUAAACCCUUUCUGGAAGGUGCGCUCAAACUCCUAUUACCUCUAG